GUCUGGGGACGCGCCCUGGAGGCGCCAGCCAGGACGUAGCUGGUUGGUGGCAGAUCCUGGCGCCAGAUCCAGCCUCCUAGGGGGACCAUGUCUCCUGUAGCUUUGGGUGCCACUCGUUGCGUCAGGCGCACGCCGCUGCGCAAGAUGAGAUGCCGUUUGAGUUCUCCGUGAAUGUUCGGAGGAGGAACGCCAGAGCUGUACGCUGAAAGCUAUCCAGACAAAAGAAAUAUCCCCAGGAUGGACUUUCUGGUUCUCUUCUUCCUCUACCUGGCUUUGGUGCUGCUUGGUUUCGUGAUGAUCUGCGUGGGCUCGAAAACCCAUUACUUGCAAGGCCUGAUCAGCAGAGGGGCACAGGUAAUAUUUUCAUAUAUAAUUCCAGAAUGUCUUCAGAGAGCCGUGCUAAGAGUGCUUCAUUACCUCUUCCAUACAAGAAACUACACCUUCGUUAUCCUGCAUCUCAUCUUGCAAGGGAUGGUUUAUACCGAAUACACCUGGGAAAUAUUCGGCCUCUGUCAACAGCUGGAGUUCUCUUUGUAUUACCUUUUUCUGCCUUAUCUGCUGCUGAUUGUAAACCUGGUUUUUUUCACCCUAAGUUGUGUAACCGAUCCUGGUACCAUAACAAAAGCAAACGAAUUACUGUUCCUUCAAGUUUAUGAAUUCGAUGAAGUGAUGUUCCCAAAGAACGUGAGGUGCCCUACUUGUGAUUUAAGGAAACCAGCGCGGUCCAAGCACUGCAGUAAGUCUUCCUUGGCGCCUCCAGCUCUGCCCUCGCCCAGCAGACAAGUGGGUUCUGUCUGUCAGAGAAUGUUACAUCGUCUAGAAGCGGCCGCUGCUGGUGUGUGCAACCGGUGUGUGCACCGGUUUGACCAUCACUGUGUAUGGGUGAACAACUGCGUCGGGGCCUGGAACACCCGGUACUUCCUCUCCUACCUCUUGACGCUGACGGCCUCGGCUGCCACCAUGGCCGUGGUGAGCACCGUGUUCCUGGUCCGGCUGGUGGUGAUGUCAGACGUGUACCUGCAGACCUACGUCGAUGACCUCGGCCACCUGCAGGUUGUCGACACUGUCUUUCUUGUUCAGUACCUGUUCCUGACCUUCCCAAGGAUCGUCUUCCUGGUGGGCUUUGUCGUGGUGCUGAGCUUCCUCCUGGGGGGCUACCUGUGCUUCUCUCUGUACCUGGCUGCCAUUAACCAGACCACUAAUGAGUGGUACAAAGGCAGCCGAGCCUGGUGCCAGCACUGUCCUCACAUGGCCAGGCCCCCAGCAGCGGAGCCCCAGGCCUACCGGAACAUCCACUCGCAUGGGCUUUGGAGCAACCUUCGGGAGAUCUUUCUACCUGCUACUGCACGUUAUGAGAGAAAGAAGAAAUAGGGAUGGGAAGAGUGCUGCUGCCUUUUAAAUAUAGUAUACAUUUAUUUAUACACAUGGAUACGA